AAUCAAUGAUAUGUGGUUUGCAAACCGCAUGGAUGAAGGUAUACUCUAUGCUAAAUACUUCGAUCCUUUACCUGUGAAAAUGAUUGCGCUGGUACUCACGGUGAUGGAAUGUUGUAUUGACAAGUGGUCCACCAGAGUAAGGGACGACAUUAAAUUCUCUUCGGUGUCUUAUGCUCCAGUCUACCUGGCCCAUCUGGACUCGUUGCAGCGGUUCGACGGGCGCACUGCUCCUUACAAGUUACUGGAGACAAUUCGUGAUACUCUGCUUGACGUGGCUCAGUUACAUGCUGGUGGUAUAAAUCCACUCAAGACAGCAGUAUCUGUCAACACCUUCGCCAAUGAUGUAUUCGAUGAUGCAAUCCGAGAGUUUGAGGUCAAAAUGGGAGCGGCGCGAGAAGGGCGUCCUGAAGGGGUAGAGGCUGGUGAUGCUUGAUGCUUC